GCGACCAGGUCUGGGCAUGAAAACAAGCUGGCGUGAAAAUAAAGUGAUUUCCAAUUAAAAGUGAUUUUGUGUGCAUGUUUCAUUUUCAGUUGACAAGUACUGUGAACUGAAAUGGACUGCUGAGCUGAGGGAAGUUUUACUUAUUUGCGCAACAGGUUCUCCCUCAUCCAGAUCCGAUCCAUGCAGGAGGAAGAAGCAUGUUGUCAAGGUUUCGGUCAUUUGGCGUCCAGCAGGAGAUCGACUCAUGGGAUGUGGCGGUUGCAGAGUCAGGCUUAACUUUGGAAAGGUGCUCUCCAAGGUCUCCGUGUUCCUCACCAUGGUCCUAAUCUUCACUUAUUUCUUUUACUGUCUCGCUGGACUUUGCGAUUCGGCUCCGAGGACUUUAUACAGCCAACAAGGUGCAGACGGGGGCUAUGACAACGUGGACGACCGCAGCCAGGUGCAGGUGGACCUCCGGCCGCCUCCGCCUCACCACUCCGGCGCGCAGCGGCAGCUCCACAGGCGGUCAGACUCUUCGGACGCGUUGCAGGUGGACGAGCAGGGCAGCGAGAAGGAGACAAACAGCAUCCCCGUUUCCAACACCUACGGGACUAAAAAGCUUCCAAAUGCCAUUAUCAUCGGGGUGAAGAAAGGAGGAACCCGCGCCCUGCUGGAGUUUUUGCGCAUCCAUCCGGACGUGAGGGCGUUUGGCGCAGAGCCACAUUUCUUCGACAGGUUCUAUGAAAGAGGGCUGGAGUGGUACAGAAACCUGAUGCCCCGGACUCUGGACGGCCAGAUCACCAUGGAGAAGACACCAAGCUACUUUGUAACCAAGGAGGCAUCCAGUCGUGUUUGCACAAUGAACUGCCACACCAAGCUCAUCGUUGUAGUGAGGGACCCGGUAACACGUGCUGUAUCCGACUACACCCAGACACUCACCAAGAACCCGGGACUACCAUCCUUCCAGAGCCUCGCUUUAAAGAACUCCUCCACAGGACCGGUAGACUCCACUUGGAGCGCCGUGCGCAUCGGCCUCUACGCCAAACAUCUGGAGAACUGGCUCCAGUAUUUCCCCCUGUCUCACUUUCUGUUUGUCAGCGGUGAGCGACUCGUGUCCGAUCCUGCCGGGGAAAUGGGACGGGUUCAGGACUUUCUGGGCCUGAAAAGAGUCAUUUCAGAUAAACAUUUCUACUUCAACCAGACUAAAGGUUUUCCCUGCUUGAAGAAGCCGGAGGGGAGCAGCAGGCCUCGCUGCCUCGGGAAGUCAAAGGGCCGACCUCACCCCCAGAUCCCGUCCGAGGUUCUGCAAAGACUCAGGGACUUCUACAGACCGUUCAACCAGCGUUUCUAUCAGAUGAGUGGACAAGACUUUGGCUGGGACUGAUGAACGACGAUCAAGCCUGCCUUAAGAAAAGCCUCUUGAUGUUUCUUUAAAGUUUUGGAAAUCUAAGAUUCUCAGGGAGGGGUAAAGGCAAAGAUCUUUUUGCCUGUAAAUGCAACCUGACAUGCAACACUCAUAAACUGCAAUAGUUUGUAGAGGUGGAGCUGAGAUGGACCCAGUGCUGCUAAAAUGCAAAUAUACACAUUGAGGACUUGAAACCACUGUCAUUUGGUUUGAAGGUUUCAUUUUCUUUCUUUUUUCUUAUCUCGUUCUUUGUUUAUAAGAUGGCAUCAUAUUUAUAGUUUAUGUUGUUAUGAAUAACAUGUUUUUAUAAAAAAAAUAAACCUUUUAUUUAUUACCAUGUACUUGUUAUUACAUGGCAAAGAAAGACAUAAAAUGGCUUAACUGACAGGACAUUGGGAAUAAUGUCAUACUACAGCAAUGCUUUGACACUUUUAUUUUUUUGUUCUGUUUUCUGUUUCACCCAAAACAAGACAAUCAGAUUAUUUGCUACACACUGCAAAAAAUUUGUAUUAAUUGCAGUUGAAAUACAGUUUAUACCUCAAAUGUAAAUAUCCAAUUAAAUCUACACAUACAGAUGUUG